AUGUCGUGGGUGCAUCUUGAAGUUGACGAGGAACUCUGUCUAGUGCGUCUUGAAGCCGACGCGGAACCCUGUCUAGCCGAUCUUGUAGGCAUACUUGUAAACAGAUUUGAAUGCCUUCAGUCUGUCAAAGAAGGCAACAUAAAAUUCCUCCUCAUAAACACCGGCGAGCCUCUUAGCAGAGCUAUGAAGCUUCGAGAUUUGGAGACUGCUGAUACCUCCCCUUUGAUUGUUAGGUAUCCCCUGUCAAAUGAUACUGUCCAUCUUAAUCUUCGUUGUUAUAUUUCGACCUCCUGGACCCAUUUGAGGAUUAGUCACACACAACUGGAGAUCAAAGGGGAAGAACUCAAGGGGGAAUUUGAAUUCAAUGACUGGCUGAACGACAUCCCAUCGAACAAUAACAAACGCAUCGUCAAUGUCUUAAUCAAAAUCGAAGGUCCUAAAUUUCUAGAAGAAAAUCUUAUGGUGAAUGGAAGCUUAAUGAAAUUACUGCUGCCCUCUUGGGAGUGUCAGCGUCAGAUUUGGGAUAUUCGUCAUUUCUCUAAGGAUGAUAUUCCGAAACAUAGUUGGGAUAUCUCUGACCUCAUCUUGAGUGGGUUUACAACGGAACUUCGGAGAAAAAUGGAGGCUUUCGGCGAAUUCGUCAAUGAACCAACCGUUCGCGAAUUCAUUUCGCCCUUCAUGACUACGGCUGUUGUGAUUGGGAAGAAAACGAAUUCCACACUGCGGGUUGUCGCUAAAGAUAAUCUUAAGGGAAGCCGUGGAUACGGGCCAGUCGAUUUCACCGUUCAUUCCGACGACAUUAUUAUCCUCGUCACUGGGGCAAAGAAUGAGGAUUUAAAACAAGGAGUCGGGCAAAACUAUGCCCAGAUGCACAGUGCAGUUGAGUGCUUGGAGAAAAAAGGGAAAAUUACUGAGGACGACAAGUAUAGUGUUGUUAUGUACGGGGUUGUUACUACGGGUAGCAAUUGGAUAUUCAAUCGUUGGAUAGGCAUGUCCAAACAUCCGAUGAUCGAAAGGACGGAUGUGAUUAGAAAUUCUUGGGUAUAUCGUUGGAAUUUUAGAGUCUCAAGCUGA